CUCUCUAACAUAUAAAUUCAAAGCACAUCCCAGUCAACCCUCAAUCCUAGCUUCAACUUCCAUUGUCUCUUGUCAUCUUGGGACAUGAAGAAUUCGACAUGCUUUGAGAAGACCGCCGCUCAACGUCAUGAGGAAGUUGAUCUCACAGAUGAUGAGGUUCAACGCCUUCUACAUGAUGCCGAGAGCCGGCUACGUGUGAAUCAACGGAAUAUUCAACCAAGUCUGACCGUUGAAAUUCCCGAUGGCCAGCUUGUGACUGGCUCCCCAUUGCCAAGCUCCUCCACUCCCCAUUUAGAAGUCAAUCAUUCUGUCAAAUCAUACCUCUCUCAGAAAAAUGAUGUAACUUCAAUCGAUUCAUCACGAAUCGUGGAUCACAAAUCUAUGGAUGUUUUUCAUCCUACUAAUUGUGUAAUGGCUACGGGGUCAAAGAGACCAGGUGGGAAUACUCGAGCUACAGCAGGAAGUGAUUGGUUUGAUAUGCCAAAAACAGAGCUCACUCCCGAACUCAGACGCGAUCUACAAUUAAUACGAAUGCGUUCAGUGCUAGACCCAAAAAGACACUAUAAGAAAGAUAAUGCCAAAGCAAAGGCGCCGGAAUUUUCACAGGUUGGAACAGUCAUUGAAGGCUCUACUGAGUUUUUUGGGGCUCGGAUUUCGAAAAGGGAUCGGAAGAGAACGUUCGUUGAGGAGGCCCUGGCCAUCGAAAAAGAUAGCAAACGCCUGGCCUCAAGGUACACGAAUGUUCAAACAAGCAAAAGAAGUGGAAAGCGGUCUUUCUACCACAACUUGCGGACAAAAAGAGACCGGUCCAAACAAUGAUCUGGAGCUUGAUGCGAAGUAACAACCGUGUCAAUUUUCGAUUCUUCUCUUACCCGGCGAGCAAGUUUAGUCACAAAUAAGCGCGAUCAACGUCACAGCAGUUCGGCGAUGAACGCCAUGACACCAUAGGAAUUUUUUUUCAACUCUCUGCGGCCCACAUAUUCAAAACGACAGCCUGUACCAACAUCUGCAUGUCAAAUGCCGCUGCGCGUCCUGCCUCGAUCACUUCCUCGUGAUUCGCUUUGCCUUCGGUCAUAAUUGCGCCUAACUCGUCUGCAUCCCUGGUAUGUAAAAAGCUGUCAUCACC